AUGGAGCAGACAGAUUACUCUCGAUGGCGCUUGGAGGUAGAUCAUGGUAGACACGUGUGGCACUACCUGCGCACCGACGAAGAGUGCGCAAGAUGGCCACAAUCUGACGAGGACAAGUAUUGGCUUGGUUUGGACAUUGUGAGUAUUGUGUUUGUUGUCUCUUGUUCGCAACAAUCUCGGAAGCUCAGCAACCACUCCUGUGCUCAGGGUGCCCCCAAACUACCUCGAGCGACCAAUCCCAUCGACGCUGCACGCAAUGGCUUCAAAUUCUAUCGACGCAUACAGUCCAACGAUGGUCACUGGGUGGGCGAGUACGGGGGACCACUAUUCUUGCUGCCUGGCCUCGUCAUCGGCAUGUAUGUCACCUCGACGCCUGUUCCUGCCGAGUGGGCCAUCGAGAUCAAACGGUACCUGGUCAAUCGCGCCAACAAGGACGGUGGCUGGGGUCUGUGAGUAAGCUUGGAGUCACGCGCCGUCGGUCGGGGGGCAUCACUGACCACACAAAUCACGCUCGAUGCUUGCGGCUACUCUCAGCCACAUUGCAGGAGAGUCUACGGCCUUUGGCACGGCCACCAACUACACAGUCUGCCGCCUUCUCGGCAUGGAGGCCGAUCAUCCGGCAAUGAUUCGUGCCCGCGGAGUGCUCCACAAAUUAGGCGGUGCUAGAGGAGUCCCAGCGUGGGGCAAGCUGUGGCUGGCCGUCCUGAAUGUGUACGACUGGGAGGGCAUGCAUCCCAUCCCUCCAGAACUCUGGUGCUUGCCGGACUGGAUACCUUUCCACCCUUGGCGCUGGUGGAUUCAUACCCGAAUGGUGUAUUUGCCAAUGGGCUAUCUUUGGGCAAAGCGCUUCAAGUGUCCCGUCGAUCCCCUGAUCGAAUCUCUGAGGCAGGUAAGUAGGCUGAGCAUACGUCAGCGAAUCGUGCAUCCACUCAAGCGGCGGACCUUCUUUCGCUUGCAGGAGCUGUACACCGAACCGUAUGAGAGCAUUCACUGGCCUUCGCAACGCAACCACGUAGCAGAAGUGGACAUUUGGGCCCCGCACACAAAGACGAUGGAAGGUCUGAUGGCAGUGCUGGGCGUCUACGAGUCUUGUGGCUCCAUACCUCCACUCCGUAGAGCAGGUGUGAAAAGGGCGUACCAGCUGCUAGCUAUGGAAGACGAGAACACAAGCUACCAGACCGUCGGACCAGUCAGCAAAAUGCUCAACUAUAUUUGCAGAUGGAUCGAAGAAGGACCUGACAGUGACGUCAUGGCCAAACAUCGGGAGAAGCUCAAAGAUUUCAUGUGGAUGGGUAGAGAUGGCAUGAUGAUGACGGGAACGAAUGGUUCUCAGCUUUGGGGUGAGCGAAUCAGCACUUGAAGAUGAAGCGACAUUCGAUGCUCCAGCUGAUCUCGACUUCCAUGCCACUCUUUGGACUUGCAGACACAGCUUUCAUUGCUCAAGCCAUGGUGGACUCCGGACUAGUCGACGAUGAUGACACCAAGAACUCAUGCUAUCGAAUCCUCGAUUGGCUUGACGAGCAUCAGAUUCGUGACAAUCCGAAGCACUAUAAUGCAGCUUACCGGUACAGUUCAAAAGGCGCUUGGCCAUUCAGCACGAAAGAGCAGAGCUAUACAGUCAGCGAUUGUACUGGAGAAGGCAUGAAAGCUACAAUCAUGCUUCAGAAUGACGCAAAGUGCGUAUAAUUACUACGCUUCUGCAACACUACGCCGCUGCACGACCGGUCCAACUGACGUCAGAUCCUUCUCCAGGCUGCCACAGCGCAUCGCGAUCGAGCGGCUACACGACUCUGUGGACUUGCUGCUGACGAUGCAGAACAGGAGUGGCGGCUUUGCUAGCUACGAAACGAUCAAUGGGCCAGGUGAGGUGGUCUGCCCAUGUGGCUGCACUGUGCUAGGUACUGACACCGGCCGAUAUUUGGUAGCCGUGCUCGAGUGGCUGAAUCCCGCUGAAGUCUUUGGUGAGCUUCAGUCAUCAAUAAUUGCUCUCAUUCCGAUUGCUGAUUGCGAAUCGAUAAUCACAGGGGACAUCAUGAUCGAGUACGAUUACCCAGAAUGUACGUAGAAUUGUAGAUGACCGACACGCUUUACUGCUGCUGACAUACAGCGCUGUUAAUCAGGCACAACAAGCGUUGUCACGGGGCUGCUCAAAUUCCAGCAGAUCAGCAACUACCGCAAGAAAGAUAUAGAGUACGUUUCUGCACGACAAGCACUCCUCGUGGCAAUCGUUGACAUGACCUGCCCUGUACCUCAGCCGCUGUGUCAAAUCCGCUUUUGGCUACAUCAUGAAAGCGCAAAGGCCUGACGGAUCCUGGUUUGGAUCUUGGGCUGUGUGCUUCACCUAUGCCAUGAUGUUCGCACUGGAGAGCUUGCACUUGGCAGGACAAAGCUGCGAGAACAGUGAGCCUGUGAGGAGAGCUUGUCAGUUCUUGCUUGGAAAGCAGCGCGAGGAUGGCGGCUGGGGUGAAGACUUCAAGGUAAGUUGAGCAUGGUAUAGAGCUCUAAGUGAGAAGUUGUGGCUGGCCAGGACUAAGUACGCAUCAUGACAAUCCCUGACAGUCUUGCGUGGAAGGAAGAUACGUGCAGGCUGCCACCUCUCGGGUGGUGCAGACUUCGUGGGCGGUCAUCGCCCUCUUGCAUGCGGGUUGCGAGGACAAGGACGCAAUAAAGCGAGGUGUCUCACUGAUCAUGGGGCGGCAGCUCGACGAUGGGUGAGUGCAGCAGAUCUCCAAAGUCGCUCGGCCCUCGCACUGACUAGGCGCCAAGCGCCGGAUGCAGAUCUUGGGCAGACGAGGAGACUGUCGGUGUCUUUAAUCGCAAUUGCAGCAUUUCAUAGUGAGUCCAGACGGUCGGUCAUUCACGCAAAGACGUUUUGCUUAGCGAUGUGCCCCACCAUUCUGCAGUCCAAACUACGUCCAUAGGUGGGUGACUUGCCCGUGCAGAGCAGCCGGUUUCACAACUCACUCAAGCAUGCUCCAUUUACACGCAGCUUCACCAUCUGGGCUCUUGGGAAAGCUAAUCGCCAUCUCGGCACUUGGUAA